AUGUUGUACAAACCUUUUGCCUUGGUAGGGCUCCUCCUCCCGAGCCUAGGCCUCGCAGAUACCUUCGACGCAUGCUCCACUUCUGAGAUCACCACAUGCAACUGCCCAACCACUCCGGUCAAGAGAUUCCAGUCCCGAGACUUCACCUUCCCCGAGCAUCUCUUCCCUCGCACGGCCAAUUCCUGCUCCGGUGAUACACCUCCUUGCUGCGUGGAGAAGGGCCCUGGACCAGUGCAGGUCUCACCUUCUACCAGCAAAACGAACCUUCAAUGCGGCUCCAAGUUUGGUGACGAUCAGCUGGAUGUCACAGACGGCGUCGCUUACACGAUCGAGGACUGUCCUGCAUCGGGGCCAUACUCUGGGGAGAAGUGUCUGCACAUAGCGAUCACCACUGUUGCCGCGGCUACUAUUUCAGACAUACAUCUCCAAGUCGACGACGACCCCAUCACGCUGAACACUAAGCUUGGCAAAUGGCCCUUCAACAGUUACUGCACACUCAGCCCUACCGAGUGUUGGGUUCCUUUUGAUGCCAUUAUCGCCACAUUUGAGAACCCAUCUGUGUCCUCGCUGUGUGACACGGCCGUCUACGUUGCUGUUGGCAUCAGCGUUUCCAGCAAACGCUGUGCCUCUGGUGCAACCUGUUUUAACCAAGGCACUGCCAUUGGCUCUGGCAACUGGUUCAUGUACUUUACACUGGACCUCGAGUGCCCUGAGAUUUGCCUGCGCAAGUGCUGCUGUUCCGCCCUCCCGCCACCUCCCCCGGAGACCAAGUCCUGUUCCAUUGGCACUGCCUUUGGCUAUGGCGACGGAUCCAAGAACCUGAAUGGAGACCCCGUCGGUCCUGCUUUGGGUGGUAGUGGCUGCAACCGUUGGGGCUCGUACUUUACUCCCAGCAAGGCUACGUUGACUGCAGGCAUCAGUGGUUCAUUGAUUGUCGGCGCCGGCCAAAACGACAUCUCUAAGGGCACCAAGGCAGGAAGCUGGUCAGCCAGCCUGUCCGGAUCUCAGGUAAACGUCCAAUACAACCUGUAUGAUGAUGAUACCAACGGACACUUUGAUCUCGCCGAGGUACAUGUGUAUGCUUCGUGCUCGGCGCCGACGAAGUGCGCACCCGGUGAUUACACGUAUGUAUUCCCUUCGGGCACUCUAACAGGAAGCUCGGAUGCCACAUACAGCACCUCCAUCCAAGUUGAUGGUACCUGCUCAUCGUACUAUCUUAUCUUGCACGCCAAGGUCAAUGAGGUAUUCCCGAAGAGUGCCACUUGUCCCGAGGAGGCGACGUAAACGAAUUGGGACAAGACACGAGCUGGCUAUAGCACUUACGGUAUAUAAGUUAGUUUCCGGCUCGUCUUUGCAUACUGUGAUUACGCAUCGCAAAGGGCCCCGUUCAGGCAGAAUGAGCAUGGGUUAAGGUCAGAGGCAUUAGUUUUUAUCAGAUACGGAGAGGUGGUGUGUAAUAAG